AUGGAUCAACAACCGGUUUCUGACGCUGCGAGCAGCGUCGAAAAGCAGCAACUUCCAACACCACCACCGCCAGAGCCGCGAUUUGGAGGAUGGAUGCCGACAGUCGCUCUUACGGGACUGGUUAUCGCAUUUCUUGUAUCAACAUCUGGAAUCGUCGUGUCGAUCCUCUACUUGGCCAAGAAGAUUGCGGCAAACGAGAAUGCAAUGCUGGGCAUCGCGCAAAGUCUUAUGCUGUUUGCUUCAAUUCUUUCUAUGGCUUACAUCGGUUACCAUAUUCGAGCCACCCGGGCUGGCAACACCCUCUACGGUGUUCUGGAUACACAGGGCCGCAAAACCCUACACCCCGUUCAUGCCCGGACAAGGAUGCUGAUAAUAUCUGCCACCUCCGUCUGGGUGCUUACAAUCAUACUCCUCGCCGUUGGGAUAUACUUUGGCGGAGGAGGAAGCAAGACUGUUCUGCUUAAUAUGGACCUAUUUGCUUCCAUUAUGGCCAGUCUCGCCCUCAGUAUCGAAUGCUACGUCGUCUUCAGGGUAGAUCCUCCCUUUCUGCUGCCGUGGCUAUCACCGUGGGAUGCGAGGAUCAGGCCUCGUGGGUUUGAUUUUGAAGAGAACUCGAGAUCCAUAAAGGUAGUACCGAUGGACAAAUUUGCUAGGGGUUUCGACGCUUCUAUCGUUGACCGCGAGUCCUCGCCUACGGAAAGGACCAGGUCUAAGACUCCCACUCACAUAUCUCCACCAUCUAGCCCGACGCCUUCGAGACCUGGGGGGCCGCGACCGAUGAUGCCAGCGAAAUCGGAUAGUAUCCUGAGCGGCUCAACGCUUCAUGGCGGUCAUAGUGUUGAUGGCGCAUCCGGAUCAGGUCAUACCCUCCCAAAGCCGCCAUUGGCGACUUACCAGAACAUUGAACCACAACGCAUAAUGCCAACGGCUCCUGUCCCUCAAACAUCAAAUCACAACUACUCCAAUUCUUCCGAGACCUUCACCAAUGUCCCACUAUCUCCCACCCCCUAUCUCGCGCAGAGUCCUCAGCCUUGGAAUCCACAGCCGGCCCUGACACAAAGACCAUCGACAAUGGCCAGCCCACAAGUACCGUGCCCCCCUCCUCCACAGGCUCCUAACAUGUCUUAUGCGGAAGCGCAACAGCAGCAACAGCAGCAGCAACAAGGCCAUUAUUACCUACAAUACCCGCAGCAUCCUCAUCAAUAUCAACCUUACAACCCUCCGCAAUCUCAUUACGGCCCGCAUCCGCAAGUUCAGCACGUACCCGUCCAACAGCCACCUUACUACCAACAUCAAUACCAGUAUCACCCAAGUCAGUCAUCAACACAAUGGGCGUAUCCUCAGCAACCAACUGCCGUUUAUGGGACGCCAGGACCAGGGAAUGUCUCGCCCAUGUCGUCGACCACAGAUUACCGGGAUGCAAACAGUGAACCGGUGUCGCCGUUAACCCGACAGAACAGUGGGAUGGGCGCGCAAGUGAGGAGCAUGCCGGGAACGUUUCGGGACGGGAGUUAG